UCUGCGCCCGCGUCCCCGAGCUUCUCUUCCGCGGGCUCUUAUAGCGGCCGUGGCUGGGCACCCGGAGGGAUUGAGUGACCCGGCGAGCCAGCGAAGGCGUGGGUCAGCAGCUGCAAGACUCUUGAGACACCGACGCCGCAACAUGGGGGCCCCGCUGCUGUGGCUGCUGGCAGCUGUGUUGCUCUGCGCUCGGGCCGCCUCCGGAACUGGAAACAACAUUUGGACAACUGUAGAUGUUUCUGGACAUAGAACGCUCCUGACCUGUAAAUUGAAAGAAGCUAUUUCAGGUCCCAUUGAGGGUCAUCGAUGGCUGAAGGGUGGCAAGGUGUUGAAAGAAGAUAAAUCGGAUAGUCUAAUCACAGAAUAUGAGGUUGUUUCAGAUGAUAAAUCCGGAGAGUAUCAGUGCAUUUUUCUUCCAGAACUUGCAGGAAGGGCUGAUGUACAAGUAAAAGGUCCCCCAAAGAUUAUUAUUAACAAGAAGUCAGAAUAUGGGAAUGAGGGAGACUCGAUAAUUCUUAUGUGUAGGAGUUCUUCCUAUCCCUCUAUUGAACAAUGGAAAUGGUACAAAGAAAAUGAGAUGGAAAGUAAUGUGAUCCUUGUAAAUGAUACUGAAGGGAGGAUGACAAUAAUAAGCACCCCUGAAAAAACAGAGCUCCACAUUAAUUCAGCAGAUAUAAAGGAGGAUCCUGGAAAGUACAUCUGCAAUGGCACCAACUCUGAGGGCUCUGGUACUGCUGUAAUUACUUUGAAGGUGCGCAGCCGUCUGGCUGCACUUUGGCCCUUCCUGGGCAUUGUGGCAGAGGUUCUGAUCCUUGUCAUCAUUAUCUUCAUCUAUGAAAAGAGGAGAAGGACCGAUGAUGUUGGUGAAGAUGAAGAUGGAGGUGCCGCACCACUGAAAAGCAGCUCGGUUUUAAAUGAGAAAAGUAGUGGCAGCAUUCGUCAGAGAAAUUCCAACUGAGCAAAGGUGACUUCUGAUGAAGACCUUGCCUGGAUGGAUGUGUGUGUGUGUGUUUCUUUGCAAUGUAGUGUGGAGUAUAUUCCUAAUGUACCUUGCAAAAUGCAAGUUGUCUUCACCAAAUUAUAGCUAACUAAGUUGUAAAUUCAAAUACUUUUAAAAUUUGUUGGAGGGUGGCAGUUUUUUUUAAAAUGUUUUUGGUUUUUUUGUCCCACCCCACUCCCCCCCACCCCCCCCAACCCCCCAUGUAAAUUUUUGUCCCUUGGCCACCAGUCAGUCUGGUCUCUGGCAUCAGUCCCUCAGGGAUGUGGGGUAAUAGAUAUCACGGUCCAUGUGCCUGUCCUCUUCUAGAUGACUCUACCCUUAUUCUGGGCAGUGAGUCACAGAACUGGGGAGAGAGUUCUCUUGGCAGGAAGAGUCCUUUCUUUUUUUAGAGGCCCAGCUGCCAAUAAGAGAGAAGAUUCCAUAGCGGCUGGCCGCGUGUUCGAAAAGGGUAGAGUGUGUAUUAUUGUGUUGUGUGGAGGGAAGAGUCCAGUGGGGCAGAAUAUAAUCUGCUUCUGCCUGUCUAAAUAAAUGAGGUGGCUUAAAAAAAUUUGGUCCUGCUAACCUGCCUGUCUGAAGCAAUUAAUGUCUUGUCUUUUUUAAAGAAAAAUCAUAUUUGAAGCCACAAGUAUUACUAACCCUUCUUGGGAGAUGUUCAAAUGACCUUUUCUGUGUGACAUGAGCCGACCUCAGUACUUAAGAAUAAGUAAUGGGCAAACAGCUACAAAGGCCCCUCUCUUAUUCCCUGAAAUGUUCUCACUGGCAAUGUGCUCACACCCCUGAAAGGGCCCUUGCCCCUUUGGUUCACAGUGUGAUAUCCCUGCAGGGUAAACCACACCACCGACUUACCCCAUAUUUGAGUGUUGUUAUUUUCUUCUCAGUGUUCCAAGCUUGCCAUUCAAGGCCUUUUCUUCCAAAACGCUACCUUCCAGCUAGACCAUAUGAAAAAUGGAAUAAAUCUAGCAAUGGUGAUUGUAGUAAUAAUUUAUUGCACAGACUUCUAUUUAGUAUCCUUGUUAUAUCAUUGGCACAGUGGCGCCAACCACAUAGGGGGUGGCAGAACCGUGUGGUUUUUUUAGGCUAAACGUGUCUUAACAGUUGGUUAUCUUUACAUACACAUAACAGGCAACAGUAAAACCUAUUCCACUUGAAAUGUGGGCUCCUCAUCCCCAUCUGACCUAGGAAGCUGUGGGGGCAUAAAUCCAUACACAACCUGUGCUCAUUGCCAGUCCCCUAGUAUUUUGAGACACCCCUGCCUGUUAACAUUUCACCAAUAAAGACAUCUUUUUCCAUUUUCCA